AUGUCAAAUGUUGUGUUUUUCACCCUCCCUCUCUGCAGGAUUUUUAGGACGCAGUCGCUAGAAUGGUAUUAUAACAACGUGAAGAGCCGUUUCAAAAGGUUCGGCAGCGCCAAGGUUUUGAAGACUCUGUACAGGAAGCACAUUAUUGAGAGAGGAGCGUUCUCUGAUCUCCCAGAAAGCAGUGUUCACGAGGGAAGCAACGACAACGAUGGCAGCGUGUGCGGGAGCGACUCUGUCUUCUACAAGCAGAGCGAAGGACACAGUAUGGCAGAGACACUCACAGUCGCCCUGCGUGUGGCUGAGGAAGCUAUAGAGGAGGCCAUCGCCAAGGCAGAGGAGUUCCGGGACAGCUUGGAAAAGCAGAAUGAGGCUCGGUAUUUGCGGGACCACAAAGAGGAGCUCAUAGAGGAACUGGCCACAACAAUUGUCCAAAAAAUAAUCCAGAGGAGGAAGCGCUCAGAGAUGCAGACAGAGUAUGACUUUGUCUGGCCUCAGCCUCAGUCUCUGAUUCAGCCCAGUGAGCUGCCUUCUCCUUCUCAGCCUCACACUUCAUCACAAGACCCUCUCAAGACCUCAUACUCUCUCUGGCGUUCACGGUCAGCCUUCUCCCUCACCAGUGACGACUCCCCAGAGAAGGGUCCGGAGGAGGAGGCUGCCGGGGCAGGCGGCGGGGGCCUGCAGGAGUACGCCUCUCUAAAGCGGGAGGCCAAAGCUGCCUCCUUACCCAGCUGGAAAAGUAUGGAUCGCCUGGACAACUCGAGUGCGUCCUCGGUGCUUCAGAGCCCAGAUGGGAACUGGCUCGCUCUGCACAGUUCUCAGCUGUCUCGGCCCAGCCUGCUCACCAAAAGGAAGAGCCUGGUGUUCAGCGUUCUGGAAAAGGAGUCCAACGUCGUCUCCGCUUAUGACGAGAUGGGAUCCGACUCCGAGGGGGCGGACGAGGGCGGGUGGGGCAAGGCUCUGCGGCAGUUCCGUCGCAAGCUGUCAGACGAGACCUACUACACAGACUCGCAGCACGACCCCGAGUGGACCUACACGCAGCACCUGCCCGUUACCUCGCCGUCCUCCGGCCAGUACACCAACACGGAGACUCUCAACUCGGACUCCGAGGCCUCGUCCGUGCUGUCCGCCUGUCCUCGCAAACCCCACCACAACCUGCUGAGAAAGAAAGGGCCCCCGGACCCGUACCUGCACCCUCACCAGCAGCCCCUCUACCACCAACAUCUCCAGCAGAACUUCCCCCCAUACCCAGCUCCAUCUGAGGGCCUGGAUGUGAACUUCAACCCCAAGGUGAUGGGAGACAGCAGUGAGGCCGAGGAACGGCAGUGCGAUCCGGUCAGAAGGUCACGGCGACGCAGGAGAAGCAAAAGGGAGUCCUCCACAGAGCAGGGCAGGCCUGCCGGCCAGAGUCACGCACAGUCCAUCUACCCCUUGGUGCAGGAAAACAGUGGUUUUCUUCUCAACGCCCUGCUGAAGAGGGGUUUAAGUGAGGAGCAGGCCACGUCUGAAGGCCAUCCAGCUGCCACAGCUUCCCCAGACACUGUCAAAAGUCCCGCCACGUCCCCCAAAGCUGAAGACUCGGGCAUAGCGGCUCCAACCUCGCCGGCCUCGAAACCUCCUCAGUCCCGCACUCUGGUUCAAGGGCUGCAGCGUUCCUCCAGCAGCGCGGGGCCUGGACCGCUUUCCAGAGACCUUUUGGAGGCGGAGCUACAAUCCAGAGUCACUCAGCUGGUCAACAGCAAAGAGAGCAGCUCCUCUGAUGAGGAGCUCACGAAGUGGCGCGUGGACAAACCCACAGAUGACAAAGAAAGUGAAUGGCAGAAAGAGAAAUCCAGGUCAAAAGACACGGAGAGACAAAAGCAGUGGGCAAGUGACAAGAGAGAGAGAGAAAGUGAAGCAGCUGAGCUAGUGAAUGGACCAGAGAUCAAAAGAGACGUGAGAGUGGUAAAGAACGCGUCAGUGCGCGAGGAAGGGAGAGCCUGGGAGGGUAGGUUAGAAAAAGGAGGUGGCGAUUUGGAGGAGAAAGUAGCCGAGCCGGAGCUGAAGAGAACAGACAAAAGAGAGUUUAACAGACAAAGUAAGAGGCAGCACAAAAGAGACGCGGAGAAGGAAGCAGGACCCAAAGCUGGAGUGAGGAGGAGUGGAUCGAGCACAAGUUCACCUGCUGUUACACCUUCAUCCCAGGAGGGGGGGCUGUCAAACAACCAGGUGGGACAGAAUGACUUGGAACAACAGCAGAGGCUUCAGCUGCUGUCCUCUGUCUUACAGCAGAAAUGCUCAGCAGCCUCGCUCUGCAGCAUCACCACAGAGGUGCUUAAGGUCUUGAACGCCACAGAGGAGCUGAUUGGAGAGGCGGGAGGGGACAGCUUCACCCCGUCUGAGUCCAUGAGCGCCUCUCCUAUAUCCAGCAGCUCCGAGAACCGCAGGCUGGACCAGAGGCUCACCAAGAUGGAGGAGAACGUGUACCUGGCUGCUGGCGCUGUGUACGGCCUGGAGGGGGCGCUGGAUGAGCUGGAGCAGUGCGCCCGCAGCAUCAGCAGUGGGACCACUGACACAGAGCUGUCCUUCCUGGAGGACCAAGUGGCCACAGCAGCAGCUCAGGUCCAGCAGUCGGAACUACAGGUAUCAAAUAUUGAGGCCAGGAUAUCGGCCCUGAAAACAGCUGGGUUAAAUGUGACUGUCUGCGAUCACUUCUCCAAGUUUAAGCCCAAGUCCAAGCCUGAAACGCUGGACUCAUCACGCCAUCAGAGGAGGAAACUUCCAGCACCUCCAUUAAAAGAUAAAAACGAAUCAGAGCAGCAGGGGCCCAUCACGUCCAGUGCCUUGACCCAGUGUCUGCCUCCAGCUCUUGGCCAACCAGGGGCCAACACCUACCCCAUCCAGCGCUCAUUACUCCACCGCAGCAGUCCCGCCUCUCAGAAAACAGGACAGGCCCUUUCCUCUAAUCCCUACUAA